AUGUCUGUUGACAUGUUGUUCCGCUUAUGGACCAUUCUAUUCAGUAACAGUUUAAAAACCUUUGUGUUUGCUGGUGCUUCAUUUUGUAAACUGUUCAAGUUUGACCAAGAAAGAAAUGAAAAUUUGGCACUACAUAAACCAGCUCAUGAAGAGAACCCAUACAAUGCCUUUAAUACUGACGCCAGCAAUGCUGUUGAUGGACAAAAGUCUGAUCUGCGAGGUCUUGAAGGACAAUGUUCAUUAUCAGCCUCAAAUCAACGUACCUCUACCUGGUGGGUAAAUCUGACCAGUACCCGCAGUAUCCACGACAUCCGGAUCUAUUACAGGACAGACAAUGUACAUUGGGAUGCAAAAAACGGAUUUACAGAAAGGUUUCUUGGAUUUUCAAUAUACAUUUCAAACACAACAAACAAGUCGAAGGGAAAACUUUGCUACAAAGACAACAACUUCACAAAAAGCACGAUACCAGCAGUAUUUAACACUACCUGCUUUGAACAUGGUCAAUACGUCAUUUACUACAACGAGAGACUAGCAAACGUGACCUAUCCUAGUGGUUAUUCUGACUACGCCUAUAACGACCUCUGUGAAGUAGAAGUCUAUGGAUGUCCUUCACCUGGUUACUAUGGUAUCAAUUGCACUAUCCCCUGUCCUGACGUCAACUGUGGAUACUGUCACAUCAAGACCGGCACCUGUCAGGGGGGAUGUAAACCUGGAUACAAGGGACACCAGUGUGAAUUGGAGUGUGAUGGUAAUAUGUAUGGACAACACUGCAGCAAGACUUGCGGCAACUGUAAGAAAAGUCAAUGUCAUCACAUUAAUGGGUCUUGUAUAAAUGGAUGUGAAAAAGGAUACCAGGGCUUAACAUGCGACAAAGAAUGUGGCAAUAGAACAUAUGGAGGAGAAUGCGAAAAGAAAUGUGGACAUUGCGUGAACAUGACUCAAUGUUACCACGUAAACGGGACUUGCUUUGAGGGAUGUGAUCCGGGAUAUCGAGGUUCUCGGUGCCAUCAAAAUUGUACCAAUAACAAGUAUGGAGAUGGAUGCCAAACAGACUGCGGACAUUGCUUGAACAUGACCCAGUGUCACCAUAUAAAUGGAACUUGUUUUGACGGCUGCGAUCCUGGAUAUGAUGGCACAAAAUGUGAUCAGGAAUGUCAAAAUACAACAUAUGGUUACCGAUGCCAAAGAAAAUGUGGACAUUGUUUAUACAGCUCCCAAUGUGACCACGUUAUUGGAACGUGUUUACAGGGAUGUGAAGAGGGUUAUGGAGGACGCACAUGUAACCUAGUUAACUUGGCUCUACGCAAACCGGCAUAUGAGGAGAACAUAUACAGCCAUGCUAACGUCACUGCCGGAAAUGCUGUUGAUGGACGCAAAUCAAACUUGCAUGGUACUGGAGGAGAGUGUUCAAUAUCUAAAAACAAUGAACGCACCGCCACCUGGUGGGUUAAUCUAGAGAGCAUCUAUAGCAUCCAUAACAUUCGAAUCUAUUACAGGACCGAGAAUUUAGCCUGGGUUCCAUCAAACGGGCAUACAGCGAGAUUUCUGGGAUUCUCUAUAUACGUCUCAAACACAACAAACAAGUCGGAGGGAAAACUUUGCUACAAAGACAGAAACUUCACAAGAAGCACGAUACCAGCUGUCUUUAACACCACAUGCUAUGAACAUGGUCAGUACGUCAUUUACUACAACGAGAGACUAGCAGGAGUUACUUAUCCUAGUGGAUAUUCUAACUACUCCUAUAACGAACUCUGUGAAGUGGAAGUCUAUGGUUGUCCCAGACCCGGAUACUAUAGUAUUGACUGUAACACAACCUGUCCUGACGUCAACUGUCGGUACUGUCACAUCGAAACGGGCGCCUGUCAGGGAUGUAAACCUGGAUACAAGGGACACCAGUGUGAAUUAGAAUGUGACAAAGGUUGGUAUGGAGACGGAUGCCUAAGACAAUGUGGACAUUGUAUAAAUACGACACAAUGUGACCACGUGAAUGGGACUUGCUCACAGGGGUGUGAAGUGGGAUAUGAAGGUCAAACGUGUGAUCAAGAGUGCCAAGACGGAUACUUUGGUGAAAACUGUGCUCGAGAAUGUCCUGCUAAUUGUAACAGCUGUAAUAAAAAAUCUGGACUUUGUGAUCUUGGAUGUCAUCCGGGAUGGAAAGGGGCACAUUGUACAGAAAAAUGCGAUGGUGGGCUUUUUGGAGCGAACUGUAGCACACCUUGUGGACACUGUCUUAAUAACCAACAAUGUCAUCAUCUGAACGGCACAUGUGCAAAGGGAUGUGACCCAGGGUAUAUGGGAGACAACUGCACGGAAGAAUGCGAUGACUAUAAGUACGGUAAAAAUUGCAGUUUUACAUGUGGAAACUGUGAUGACAAUGAAAAGUGUUAUCAUAUUGAUGGAACUUGCACUAAUGGAUGUGAUAAGGGGUAUCAAGGCGCCAAAUGUGAUACAGAGUGUGAUGAUUACCGUUUUGGUAAGAAUUGCAGCAAGCAAUGUGGACACUGUUACAAUAAUUCAUCGUGUCAUCACAUACAUGGAACCUGUGUGGAUGGGUGUGACAGAGGGUACCAAGGCACAGAAUGCAUGCAAAAGUGCUCAAACAACACUUUUGGUCGUAACUGUCAGGAAAAAUGCAACAGGACGUGUAUAACCUGUGACAUAGUUACUGGAAUCUGUGACAGUGGAUGUCAUCUCGGUUGGAAAGGAGACUAUUGUGAAAACGCAUGCGAUGGCAAUUUCUACGGAGCCAAUUGCAGUCUACCAUGUGGAAAGUGUAGGAACAAUACACAGUGUCACAACGCAUACGGAAAUUGCACGGGUGGAUGCGCCAGUGGGUUCAACGGCACCAAGUGCGACACAGAAUGCCAUGAUGGUUAUUUUGGUCCAAACUGUCGUGGAGCAUGCAACGAAACGUGCAAAAGCUGUAAUAAGACCUCGGGUGUCUGUGAAUACGGCUGUAAACCAGGAUGGAAGGGUGACUUUUGUGAAACAAUUUGUGAUGAACUUUUUUAUGGAGAAAAUUGCAGUGUGCCGUGCGGGAAUUGUUUAAAAAAUGAGCAGUGUCAUCACUUGAAUGGAACGUGUUUUAAUGGGUGCAUGAGUGGCUUUAUGGGCUCAGAAUGCAUAGAAGAGUGCCAGGAUGGAUAUUUUGGAGAAAACUGUAUACGGGAAUGCCCUGAUAAAUGCUACAGCUGUAACAAAUCUUCUGGUAUUUGUGAUCUGGGAUGUCAUCCGGGAUAUAAAGGGACAUACUGUACAGAAGAAUGCGAUGGUGGACUUUUUGGAGUGAACUGUAGCACACCAUGUGGACACUGUCUUAAUAACCAACAAUGUCAUCAUAUAAACGGAACAUGUGCAAAGGGAUGUGACCCAGGAUUUAUGGGUGACAACUGCACGGAAGAGUGUACGAAAGGUCGUUUUGGCCACGACUGUCUUAAAAAUUGCAGUUCACUUUGCGUGAACAGAACUUGUGAAAAGAAAGAUGGCAGUUGCAAACAGAUUGCAACACAGACAAGUGAUUCCAACAACACUUCCCCAUUUGUUGGUGUAGGGGUCGGAUUGCUCAUCUUACUCAUUGCUUCGGUUCUCGUGUUUAUUGUCGUUAAAAGGCAUCGAAAGUCUAGUCCACACGCCCAACCGCUGAACAACAAUCGAAGGGAUGAUGAGAUGAAACUUACAGGACAGGGUAACUCGAAAAUAAAUACUCCAGGUUCAAGCAAUGGUCGCCCAGCCAUUGAAACAACACCUUUGAGCGAAGGCAUGAAUGGAAUGAUAGUCGAGGAUCCCGAAUAUUUUAACGUAACCAAGACGACGCCCGAUAUAGCUAUUGAUAAGCUUGAAGCUGCUAUUGCUGAGAAGGGAAAAAACGAAAACGAAGGUUUCCGAAAGGAAUAUGCGGCUCUUCCAAGUGGUGAGCUACACACAUGUGAAUUUGGAAAGAAACCUGAAAAUGUUCCUAAGAAUAGAUAUAAAACAACUUUUCCUUAUGACCAUUCCCGAGUUGUACUGGACACCCAAGGCGGUGAAAAAUCAGAUUAUAUCCAUGCGAAUUACAUAGAGGGUCCAAAUCGGAAAAAGGAAUACAUCGCUGCUCAAGGACCGAAACCAAACACACUUGGGGACUUUUGGCGUAUGAUCUGGCAAGAACGUGUGACUACCAUCGUCAUGGUGACAAACCUCAAAGAGGGUGAAAAGCUCAAAUGCAUUAAGUAUUGGCCCGACAAAGACAAGCCAGCGACGUAUGGACCAGUGCUGGUUACGCUCUUGGAGGAGAAGGAAUAUGCAUUUUACACUACCCGCCAACUCUCCGUGUACAACAAAGAACUUAAGAACACACGUGUAGUAACACAAUAUCACUACACUGCCUGGCCGGAUCACGGAGUUCCAGAGCCGCUGGGUUUGCUAUCAUUCCAUAGCCACGUCAUGAAUACAUCAGCCAACAAUAGUCAAGGUCCCACAACCGUACAUUGCAGCGCUGGUGUAGGACGAACGGGGACCUACAUUGCUUUGGACGCCCUGUUUCAGAUGGGCAAGGGAAAGGGAAUAGUAAACGUGGCUGAAUUUGUAGCGAAAAUGAGACAGAACAGAGUUUCUAUGGUGCAAACAUACGAACAAUACAUCACUAUUUUUCUUGCUUUAAACGAAAUUUUUAAAGCACCCAUUAAGGCGGACAGUAUGGCGGAAUUUUCUAGUAAAGCAAAUAAAGCGGGAACGAAUAUUCCAGCCAAUCAAAAUCCAGCUCGCAAAGAAUUCCAGCUUCUGUCAAAAAUUCGGCCAAAUUAUACAAAGGAUGACUACAAAUUUGCCAUGAAUUCUAUAGCAGACAAGCAGGGUGGUGAAAUUCUGCCUCUUGACAAAUACAGUCUGCAUCUGUCCACUGGUAUUCCAAAACGAGGCAGUUACAUCAAUGCUAUUACCGUGUCGUCAUUUACCAACUCACAGGGUUUUAUUGUGACGAAAUAUCCAGCACCAGAGGACGCUGUAGACCUUUUGCGCUUGCUAAAUGACCAUGAAUCAGAUACAGUCGUUUCUCUGCAACCACUGCGAUACAUAGAAUCGAGUCAUGCAUGGUUCCCUGCAGUAUCUUCUUCCCUGAGGAUUCCACCAUACUCUGUUACUCAUCAAUCAAAAUCACAUACUGAUAUCACCUCUCACGUGAUCCAAAUACAUAAAGAGGGAGAUGAAGAUCAUACUGUGACGGUUAUUGAACCAGAUGCUGAAAUACAUUGUUCAGGAAAGUCCUCUGUUGACACGUCCCAGCUUCGGAGUCUUGUUUCGGCAGUUCUUAAUUUAGAAACCAAAAACCCAAUUACCAUUUUAAGCAGUGACGGUGCCUCCCUUUGCGGAUUGUUUGUCGCCGUCCAUAACGUCAUCCAACAGAUGAACAUGGAUGACAGAGUGGACGUAUUCACCGCCGUCAGACAGCUGCAGAUCAGACGACCGGAGUUUUGUGCCAAAUUUGAGGAAUACGAGAUGAUAUACCGUACUGUUUUGGACUACAACCAAAAUGAAUCGGAAAGCAUAUAUUGUAACCAAUAAGAGAUAUGUCACUAUAGCAGCAUAUAUUGUACCCGGGGAGGUACAUUUCAAUAUAACAGUAUGUCCCCCCUUAAACCACGAAAAAGAUUUUAAGAUGGAAGCAGCCGCUACCAAAUGUACAUGUAUCUCUAUACUUCCAUAUAACUUUAUUUUUUUUUUCAAAAUAUAAAUAAUAAAAAAGAUGUUGAAAAAAAAUAUUUAAAAUAAUGAAAGUGUCAGUAUAGUUAAAAUUAAUUUUCAAAUUCAAACGCAUUUUUUUUUUUGUUAAAAUUUACAAUUUCACCGUUAUUUAGGAAAGGAUAUAUCAUAUUUCUCAUUUAAUUUCAAUGUAGAAAGGUGAAGAUUUGUAAAGAAUUGAGUAAUAAUGAUAAUUGUUUAAGAGAAGCAAUGAUAAAGCAUUUUUUUAAAUGCUAAAUUGUGUAGAAAGACAUAAAAAAUUGGAAACACGCCAUCAUGAUGUCAGUAUUUAGGUGUUGUAGUCUCUUACUUCCAUUUUAACAAAGUAAUGGAGGUGAGGUGGGUGGGGGCACGGAUCUCAUACCGCAGUAUUAUGUAUGAUAAUGAUAAAUCAGUUGUUCAUUAUGUAUGAUAUCUGAGCUACCAAAAGUCAUCAAUGCAAUGAAUAUGCAAUGGAAAUUUAUACACACUUCCGACUUUGUAUUCAAAUUAUAGAUCAAUUUUUUGUCAAGCUAUAAACGUUUUUAUUAUAAUGAUAUUCUCAUUGGAAGGUUUUUUUUCUACAGAUUCACUAUUUUUACAUUUUUGUUCUACUUGCCAAUUGUUAUAGUCAUUUUUUUUUUAUUUCAAUAAAAUUUUGUUUUUGUUUCAUGUACAGAUUAUUUUAAAAUCAACUCUAUUUCUUGCACUGGGUAUUUUUCUUACGUUGAUGUACAUGUAUGUACAUUUAACAUUAAAUUUAUAAUGAUCAUGUUAUGUAGACUAAAUAUUGUUUCUUUUAAUAAUCAGAAAUUCAACUGGAUUUUAAUGCCGGUACAAAUAUAUUUAUGUUAAUUUCAAUACAUGAUUUAUGAUCAGAUAACUUGGAUGAUGUUAACGAAAUAGUUUUAUAGGAAUUAUUUUUAGGGGGUGUAUAGGGGGGGGGGGGGGGUAUUACUCGAUGAUAUCCAAACAAUUUUUAACAAACUAUAAACGUUUUUAUUAUAACAAUGUUCUCAUUUGAUGUGGGUUUUUUUUUUUUACAGAUUCACCAUUUUUAUAUUUUUGUUCUACUUGCUAAUAGUUAUAGCAAUAUUUUUUUAUUUCAUUGUUUUCGUUUCAUGUACAGAUUAUUAUAAAUUCAACUCUAUUUGUUGAACUGGGUAUUUUAUCUUGAGUUAAUAUAUUAAAUUCAUAAUGCUCAUACUAUGUAGACUUGACUUUUUUUAUGUUCUUACAUUAAAUAUCUGAAGUUUGUCGAAAUAAUUGUUAAAGGGUACCUGCAGCCAAAUAUCUCGAAAACUACUUAUGCGAUCGCUGUAAAAUUUUCAGGAUAAUGUUUUUAUACAUAGAUCUUCAUUAUAUCAAAAAUUGACCGGCACUGCAGGUACCCUUUAAAAUAAAUAAAUUGUCUAUAAUGUUUUUGUUCAAUACAUAGCUGUGCAUGUUUGGUUUCUUUUUUUAAUUUCAAUUUUGAAUAAUAAAACUUUAUUACUUUCAAUUAUCGGAAAUUCAACUGGAUUUUAUUGCAGGUACAGAUAAUUAUGUUAAUUUCAAUAUAGGAUUUAUGAUCAGAUAACUUUGAUAAUGUUAACGAGAUAGUUUUAUAGGAAUUAUUUUUAGGGGUAGGGUGAUUACUCAAUAUCUGAACAUUUUGAAAAUACUAGUACCCCGCAGAAAAAUCCAGUAAUGUGCUGCAUAUAUGUUUUUUGUUUAUAUAUACUAGUAUAUUUUUAAUUUUCAUUUUUUAGUUUUGUUCAAUGGAAUUUUCUUUUUAUGAACACUGUCUUAUUUACUGACAAAAGUAAAAAGGGAAAUAAAAUGGA